AUGACCGUCAAUGUGGACAUCGACUUGAUCAAGGUGAUGCUGAUUUUCACGGCUUGUGUAUUUUGGGUCAUUUUUGGGUCCUUCAAUGGACCUACAUUGAGUUGUUGCCUCAAACUAGGUCGCAGCAGACCGCCUUUUGACAAAGUAUUGAGCUACAGGAUACAAACUAAAGAAUUAUGUCCUAUAACAGCAGUUGUGAUCCAGACUGUAUCUGGGAAAAGACUCUGUUCUGAUCCUAACAAUGCCUGGACAAAGAGAUCCAUGCGGAAGGUGGAUGAAGCCAAGGUGAAGCUCGGAGAGCAGGAUCCUGUCCCUGCAGAAGAAGCAUAGUCGGAGAGGAGAAGAGGAAGGGCAGAUCUGAUAACAGCAACAGAGCUGCCACUCAAUAGCCAGUGGAACAGAGUGACAACCAGAAAGACAGAAGAGUAUACGGAAAAGUCAGAGACAACCACAAAUGGGUCUCAUAUAAGGGUCCCAAAGAAAUGAUAUCAGAUUGUAAAAGGGAAGGAAAGGAAGUGUGAGGAGAAAAACUGUGGAAAAUGUUGUUCUAAGUGUUUUUAUUUUAUAUUUUCUAUGUAUUUUUCUUUCUUUCUUUUAAAAGCUAGGCUUUAUUUUAAAUGUAACCUUUAUGUCUGUGACUGGUAAUGUUAUUUUCUGGGUAAAAACAAAAUCUUUCAUAAUUCCUGGCAGCGAGAAUUUUUACACUGGUUAAUAAAUCACAAUAAUUAAGUAUAUGAUAUAUUAUUAUGUUAAAUAUAUAAACUACUUAGAAUAUAAUUAUACAAUACACAGACUUUGUAUAUGCUCUGUUGUGAUCUUUCCAUGGACCCUCUGCAGUACCUUCUUGAACCCCCAGGGGUCCAUAGAACCCCACGGAAAACCCUGGUAACCUAGCCAAAAAUUAAAAGUGUGGAACGUGACAGAUCCAUUUUACUAUUUGACUGCUUUUUGUUCUCUCCUAGAUAAAUAAGUGCUGCUGUCACUUAAGUUACAG